AUGCCUUUAAUAAUCUUCAAAAAAAUCAAUUUUUUGUUACCUCAGUCCCCUCUCACAAAAGCAGAGGAGGGUAUGAUUGUACAAAAAAUUGAAGAAAGAAAGUGCAUGGCUUUGGGGUCAAUUCACUUAGCUGCCGCAGUAUUAGACCCCUCAAAUCAAGGGGACCAUUUAACAGCAGAUGCGAUGGAAUUUAUUUACAAAGUCGCUGAAAAUAUGAAUAUUGAUGUUUCAGCAUCAAGUGUCGCAAGCGUUAAAAAAGAUGGUCUAUGGUGCAAAAAAUUUGUCUGGCUUCCUGUGACGUUAAAGUUGCAGUCCGCAUAUUAUCCGCUCCCGUUAGCUCCGCUGCUAGAGAGGUACUUUAGUACAUUCAGCUGGAUCCAAAAUAAAAAACGCAACUGGUUAACUAAUGAAAGAGCUGGUGUUCAAGCUUGUGUUCAAGAAACCGAACAGGCAGCUACAACUAAACCAGGACCGGAUCCAAAUUCCUCCACUGAUGGUAAUUUCAACACAAGCAAAAGGUCAAGAGAGAAUAGAGUUGAGAUUGAUGAUAUUAUUAAUAACAGUGAUAAUAGUGAAGAAAUUGAUGAAGAGGAAAGUGAAUUCGCUAGAUGA